GCAGAGACUUCCUGUUUUGCCCACUGGUAUCUCUCUGCCCUUUUCUCAGUCUCCCAGGAGCCACCCCAGACCAGCCCCUGGAUCUGGAAGGGGGCACGAACACCUAGCCAUCUCAGCAUCCAGGAGAGCCACCAUGACCAGGGCCUUGGAAGAGGCUCUUCUUCAGCACUUCAUACAUCAGAAGCUGGAGAUCGCUUAUGCCAUCAACAAGCCAUUUCCCUUCUUCGAAGGCCUCCGAGACAACUCCUUCAUCACUGAGAGACUGUACAGGGAAUCUAUGGAAGCCUGGGAAAAUCUGGUCCCUUUAUGCAGAGUUGUGUACAACAUUCUUACCCAACUGGAGAAGACAUUUAGUCUAUCAUUUCUGAAGAUAUUGUUCAGCCAAAUUAACCUGAAAGAAUACCCCAACCUGAUAACGACUCUCAGUAGCUUCACAAGAGUCGUCACUUCCCAUGGAGGCUGGAGCAGAAAUACAACCAUCCCUCUUGAAGCCCCAGCCAACCCAGCAGGAAAGAGCUCCUCGAGGACCCUGCUAUUGCCGCGUCUCCCCUGCCGAUAUCCCCUACGGAGCCUCCCACCCUGUGCACCCAGUGUCAGCAAGCCCAGAGCACCCGCCCAGCACAGCUCUGAGGUCCUGCGUGAGAUGCCCAGCCCCACCGGCCUCACCGUGGCUCUCCAGGGAACCGUCCAGGAAGGAAGGCUCCAUCCAGUGUCCAGUGACAACCUGAUCCCUCAAAUAAAAGAUAAAGAAGACGCUCAAGAGAUGCCUUGCACUUCCUCAGACCCUGUGCCAGUGAGAAGAGAUGAUGUCCCUGAACCAAGUGACCCAAAGGAGCUCCAGGAGGCAUCCAGGACACUCCCCAGCAAGAAAGGAAAGAAAAGAAAAAGAUGCAUCUGGGCCACCUCAAAGAAGAGACAGCAGAAAAAAAGCCACCACGGAAGUAAGAUGAGAGCACAAGAAGGGGCUGGAGGCCAGAGACAGCUCAUCCUUGUUGGCCAAGGGGCAGCCUUACCUGGGCAUGGGAUCCAAAAGACACUCCAAGGACUGGAUCAGGUGACUCACACAGAGGACGACUCAACCAGGAAUACAAAGGUUGUGACAAGGGCACAAAAGAGGACAGAAUGUGCCCAGAUGCCUAAAUCAGAGGAGAUCAGUGAUAAUACUUCAGAAAUGGAUGAAGGGAAGAGACCCCAGGAGCCACCCAGCGCACCACCAAGAAUCACCCAUGGCAAAGAAAAGAAGAGAAAAAUAUAUAACUGGUCAAGUUCAAAAAAAAGACAGAAAAAAUGUCUCUCAAAAGGAGCAGCCUCAUCAGGGCUCAGAAUCCAAGAGACUCAAAAGAAGGACAACUCAACCAGAAAUUCAAAGGUCAUGACGAGAGCCCAAAAGGCACAGGCUGAAGGUGCCCGAAAGCCUGCACAAAAGGAUAAAGCUGGUGGUGGCACUGGUCACCUGAAGGCUCAGCGCGGGAGGGUCUCUCGUGGAGCCCGCACAGAAAAACCCAAAGAUGAAACUUUUGAUUUUCACUCUCCUGAACUCCCUGUGACCUGUGGGGAAGCAAAGGGGAUUUUAUAUAAGGAGAAAAUGAAGCAAGGAUCCUCAGAGAAGUGUAUUCAGAAUGAGAAGGGAGUUUGGUUCACACCAAAUGAAUUUGAAAUUGAAGGAAAGCGGAAACGUUCUAAGAACUGGAAGCGGAGUGUGUUUUGUGGAGGAAACAGCCUAGAAAAGCUGCUGCAGAAAGGAAUUUUGAUCUGUCCUUCAAGAAAACAUCUCAAGACAGAGGGGAAGUCGGCUGCAGCUACGAUCUUGUCUGCAGAGACUGUGUGUGAUAGCAAAGCUGUCAAGGUACCCCAGGAUAGCCAGCAGGAAAACUCCAAGGAAUGUGAGGUGUGCUGUAAAGGGGGCUCGCUUCUCCGCUGUGACACUUGCCCACGAUUCUUUCACGAGGACUGCCACAUCCCACCCUCGGAGGCUGAGAGGAGCCCAUGGAGUUGCACCUUCUGCAGAAUAAAGGAGUCUUCAGGAAACAAGCAGGGUCUCCAGGAAUCUGAGGUUCGGGCAAGGUCCAUGCAGCCGGAGGAGCAGCUGAAAUGUGAGUUUCUCCUCUUGAAAGCCUACUGUCAUCCACAAAGCUCAUUCUUUGCGGAGACCCCAUGUAAUAUUCGAGAUUAUGGCGAGCCCUUUAGGGAAGCCAUGUGGUUGGACCUGGUUAAAGAAAGGCUGACUGAGAAAGUGUACACAAUGGCUUGGUUUUUACGGGACAUGCGCCUGAUAUUUCACAACCAUAAAACAUUUUUCAAGGCUUCCGACUUUGGUCAAGUAGGACUGGAUUUAGAGGCAGAAUUUGAAAAGGACCUCAAAGAACUGCUUAUUUGUCAUGAAGCCAGUGAGAACAGCUUUCAGGCUCGUCCUUGA